CAAAAUUAAUGGACCAUUCAAAUACAAUACUCGAAGACCCCCCAGAGGCUGAGGUCACAGAUUUUCCAAACCUCCGAGCACUUGUUAUGUCUGUAUGACUCGUGAUCCUAUUCAAGACUGUAGCUCUGCUGAUUCGCCGCACUUUUAGAUUUAAGAAUUUAGGGAGAUUUUUGUUCAGAAAUUUCCUAAAAUACCCUUAUGAAUGGACUAGAAACAAAAUCCAAAGACUGCCAAGGAUGUUCGAUACCCCAGAGGAACCUGAACAAGAUAACAGAGUUGAAGCUAUAAUAGAAAGAACCAGGAGACAACUAGAAAGGACUGCGGCCAGAAGCAAUAUGCCAAUUAUUAGUUUGCAGGAGAUUACACAGAGACUAGAUAGAAGGGCUUCUGAUCGGUUAAGAAAUCUACUUGAGGAGAGAAACCAACAGACGGUCAGAGACACUCAAAGGCAUAAUCUUGCUCGAGUGGACAAACAGUUCCUUCGUAGACACUUCACUGAAUCAGUGUUGGACAAGGUUGAAGAGAAGGAUAUGACUUCAGUUCGUACAAUCACCGAGUCCAUAGGAAUCUUGGGCUCUUUAUAGCUAUCAUUAACUUUAAAUAACCAGUCUAAGAACAAGUUGCAGACAGAUUAUAAGAAGUUAGCGAAGCAUAAGCAGACAGCUUUGCAUGCUGUGUUGAAACACCUGUUCUUCCACUGUGGGGAUUUUGGAGAUCGGAGGUUAUGAGAAGUGUAUAAGAGUAUACCCAAAGGAUUUAGAUCAAAACUAAAUCUGAAGUUGUACAGCAAGGAGGAGGUCAAACUCGUGCUCGAUUUCAACAAUCCAUGCACUGUGAUAAUCCUGCUGCUGCUCUUGCAUUUUAUGCUUGAGUAUUUGAGAUGUAAUAAUAGCCCAUACUUUAAGAAAUAUAUUAGAACUCUCAAAGACACUAUACGGUUUUAUAAGAUCAUUAAGCACCAUUCAAGACAUGAUGAUAAGUUAGAGAAAACUGUCAAAAGAACUCUCGAAAAGAUAUUAGCAAGGAUGGAGACUAGCGAGGCUCAAGGAAUAAGAGCCAAGGAAAUUACUGACCGAAUUAGAAUGAUGCUCUGUAUUGACAAAAAAUUGAAUGAAGUUUUGCGAAAACUAAAAUCAGAAUACAAGUACUUUAAAGCCUUGGUUACUGAGACUAAGGCUUACUCUUUGGCUUCGACAAGGGAUUUGUUCUUAGCCUAAAUGCUGACUUA